UGGGACGGCGUCCAGCCUCGGGUGCUGGCGCGUGGGGGCCGGGCCGGCGCGGUGCCUUCCGCCCUUCUGCAGCUAUCUGCAUAUUUUUUCUUUCUUUUUCGCAAUUUUGAAUAUUUUGCAGGACGAGGGGUUCAAGGCAGGUGAGAGCAUCCUGCACGUCGCCCAGGAGCCUGCGGGCACUUGGCGCGCUCUCCGGGGACCGUCUGCACUGGGAACCCGAAAGUUUUUUGUUUUUAUUUUCUUAUGCAGAUGUAUUUAUAAAGAUAUAAGUAAUUUUUUUCUUGUCUCCACCGCCUUGAAAGCGAGUACUUUUGGCAAAGGACGGAGGAAAAAGCUCAGCAACAUUUUGGGGGGCGGUUGGGUUUUUUUCUUUUUAAAGAAAAACAUUUGAGUGCAUCGCGAUGGAGAAAAUGUCCCGACCGCUCCCCCUGAAUCCCACCUUUAUUCCGCCUCCCUACGGCGUGCUCAGGUCCUUGUUGGAGAACCCGCUGAAGCUCCCCCUUCACCACGAAGACGCAUUUAGUAAAGAUAAAGACAAGGAAAAGAAGCUGGAUGAUGAGAGUAAUAGCCCGACGGUCCCCCAGUCGGCGUUCUUGGGACCCACCUUAUGGGACAAAACCCUUCCCUAUGACGGAGAUACUUUCCAGUUGGAAUACAUGGACCUGGAGGAGUUUUUGUCAGAAAAUGGCAUUCCCCCCAGCCCGUCUCAGCAUGACCACAGCCCUCACCCUCCUGGGCUGCAGCCGGCUUCCUCUGCCGCCCCCUCCGUCAUGGACCUCAGCAGUCGGGCUUCUGCACCCCUUCACCCUGGCAUCCCGUCCCCAAACUGUAUGCAGAGCCCCAUCAGACCAGGUCAGCUGUUGCCAGCAAACCGCAAUACACCGAGUCCCAUUGAUCCUGACACCAUCCAGGUCCCUGUGGGUUACGAGCCAGACCCGGCAGAUCUUGCCCUCUCCAGCAUCCCUGGCCAGGAAAUGUUUGACCCUCGCAAACGCAAGUUCUCUGAGGAAGAACUGAAGCCACAGCCCAUGAUUAAGAAAGCGCGUAAAGUCUUCAUCCCUGAUGAUCUGAAGCAGGAUGACAAGUACUGGGCCCGGCGCAGGAAGAACAACAUGGCAGCCAAGCGUUCCCGCGACGCCAGGCGGCUGAAGGAGAACCAGAUCGCAAUCCGGGCGUCCUUCCUGGAGAAGGAGAACUCGGCCCUGCGCCAGGAAGUGGCUGACUUGCGGAAGGAGCUGGGCAAAUGCAAGAACAUACUUGCCAAGUACGAGGCCAGGCACGGGCCCCUGUAGGAUGGCAGUCUUGCGGGCUGGCUUUCCACUAGAUGGACAGUGUGUUUCCCGCCUGAUAGCACCACACCCGAACCAACCUUUCUGACAUCAGCACUUUACCAGAGGCGUAAACACAGCUGACUCACAUUCUGGUGUGCGUGUGCGCGCGCGCGCUUCUGCUCCUGUGUGGUCCGCGGUGCGCGCGCGUGCCUUUGCACUUGCCAUGUUAAGGUAGCCCUCUCCUCAUCUUUCAGUUCCGAAAAAGAAAGGUGCCGUGUUUUUACUGGACUGCGGAGACGCCUCCUGGGGUCUCCUGCCCCUCCCUCCAACCCCCCUCCUGCCCCUUCCCGCGUCGCUCUCUGGUGGCUCCUGCCUGCUCUUCCGGGACCCUCUGCUGGGCUCCACCAAGCAGGGCCCUGGUGAAAUAGUAGAUCUCAGUUGUCAAGACUACGAGCUCUUGUUUCUCUUUAAUCUGUAAGUUACCAUGCUAAUAAGGUGCGCAAAAAUCACUUAGCACUACACUGCAGCGCUCUCUCU